AACAGGUGUUGCCUGCCCAAGUGCCCAGCCUCGCUUCUCCAGUCAAUUCUCAGCCUCGUCCUCCGCCUCCGCUCCCGCUCUCUCCUCUCCUUGGCCUCCGCUUCCGCUCCUGCCUGGAGGCUGCAUCAAACCCUACCGCUCCGGACCUCCCGGCUGGCCGCGAGAUGCGACGCCUGUCCGGCCCCUAAUCCUUCUCCUCGAUACUGCCCCUCGCCCGCCCGCCCGCCGGCAUGGGCCGCUACGGGCCCUUCCCUGCCGCCGCCGGUGAUGGCGGGGGCUGCCUGCCCCUGCCGAUUGUAGCGGCUGAAGGCGCGCUGGCUGUCCUGGACGGCGCCAUUGCGACCGCGGCCUUCGUGCAGUUAGCAAGGAUUCAUAGGCACAACCAGCUACAAGGAUGGACUCGGCAAAAGAUAUUCCAUUUUAUGAUUGGUCUAUCAAACAUAGUAUUCCUAGUAUAUUUCGUGUCUACCAUCAUUGCUACUUGUCAGAGAUGGAUUUGCUGGGUACAUGGAUGUGGAUUUGUUCUCAUGGCUAGUCCACAGAUAUUGCUUCUUGCUUCUUUCCUCUUGCUACUGUCAUUCUGGGUUGACCUGUGUCAUCAGACAAAUGAUGAAGACGAAGAAGAUGGAAGGAGUCAGAGUCACCAUGAAGCUUUACUAGACAGAACAAAAGCGAAACCUGGCAUUCAUCCUGUUAAUAUCCGUCAGAGGUGUUGCCCAGGAAUACAGCUUGGAAGCCGGCAAAAAUUUGUGAUUUUGGUGCUUCUACUGUCAUUUGUUGUUAUGCUUGCCUUUGCCAUCCUCAUAUGGGUUGGUAGAGGAGACAAUCCUAUCGAUUCUUCUCUACUGAAAAGGGUUUAUUUGGAUGUAUUUUCAGUAGUAGUUAUUGUACUUGGUGGUGCUCUGGCAUGUUACGGUGCAGUGUUAUUCUCGAAGAUGAGCAAAGUUCGUUCUGAAACUGUAUCAACUGAGAAGUGGAAGGUUGCCAGUUUAGCUGCUGUCUCGCUGAUCUGUUUCUCGUCUUCUGCUAUACUUGCACUUGUGACUAAUGUUCCAGUGCUUUUGUAUUGGUACUCAACAGAUGUGGACAUCAUCAACAAUGCUGUUAUUUUGUUUAUAUAUUACUUCAUAGGCUCGUCAGUGCCAUCAGGAUUUGUUCUAUGGAUCAUGAGAGAGAUGCCUCAUCGGCAGGUAGUUGAAAGAUCCGUAGAAUCGAGGGUGGUUACUUUGUUCAGGGAAAGACCAUCAACUACGCAGGAUCCACAGUGGAGGACAGCUGUCACAUCCUCAAACAAGGCCCUCAAGUCAAGCCCAAUUUAACCUGAAGACAAACCAUCGACAGUGAUACCUCACGUUCUGCUUAAUGUGCUGGGACUAAUACCAACACGUCAGGGUCACAACUGGCGUCUGCUGGCAUUGCGCUAACUGAUGCAUUUAGAACUGAAGGUUGGGGCCAUAUUUGAAGAAUUAACAAAAUGUAAAUAGCUUUGGCAGUUACUUUACCCUUUUAGAUGUAACAAACUCAUCCCGUUGGUUACAUGUACCUUGUUUUAUUUAGCGCUUCAUCUAAUUUACCGUAGAAGGCAUGUGUUCAACC